AUGGAGAACGUCAAGCGAGGAAAGCUCAAGCUCAAGAACGGCAGCAAGCUCAAGGUGGCGUCCAAGCACAAGCACAAGAAGAGCAAGAAGAAGAGCUCCAAGCGCCGCGAAGACGAGGAAGAGCAGCGCCGUGAUGAGCGAGACGAGAGCGACGGCGUGGAGGUUGACUUGGACGACAUGACCCCGGCACAACGUCGCCACGCGCAGCACCAGAAGAAGAGACAAGAGGAGAUCGAGAAGCUGGCGUCAAAGACGUACCGAGAGCGCAUCGAGGAGCUCAACCAGCACCUCGGCAGUCUCACAGAGCACCACGACGUGCCUCGCGUA